AAACAAAGCAUGAACAAAGGAAACAUGCUAGAGGCUCGUCAGCCAGCGAGAAAGCUGCGUCAGCCAGUCAUGGAGACUCCAUUGACAGCCUCUGUUCGGAUAGUGAAUUACUAGCCAGUGGGGACCCAAGUCGCCAGAUAAGAUAAGCAGCGAUGAACCCGCGUAACGCUGAUAGCAAUGCUCGUAGCAACACCAUUCUUAUCGAGAGAUACAUGCUAUGAACUCUAAUCAUCAGAUGAGCUUAGCUCAUUUCUCCAGCAUGAAAGAAAGAGACUUUAUGUAGCAUGUUUGCCAUCAGAGUUCGAGAUUUAUUUGGCUUCUUUUUGUAAGUUUGGGAUUUAAAUGGCGUUUUUUCCUUUUCUUUUCUUAUUCUGGGUUUUCUCUUGAUUUAGGCAAAAAUUCCCACGUUCCUCUCCACCUGAGUCAACGGGAAUCACAUCCGCGUCGUUUUAGAACAAACAAAGUGGCAUAAAAUGGGUUAAUGCCCUGGCUUAGUUCUAUAAUGCUCUGGUUUAGUUCUUUGGUUAAAUAAAUUACUUCAGUUAACCAGCUGGCUCAAUUAUAUUUCUCGACACAAGGCGAAAGCCAUUUGGUAAAGUUAAAAUCAGAAAACAAUUUCAUCUCUUCUCUCUCUCACUCCAUCCUCCAUCAUCACUUGGAUAUCAGUUGCUUAAGUUACAACGGUGGUACAUUAUAGGGUUUGUGUCCUUCUCAGAUAUGGACAGAAUCAGUGGGUUGUCUGAUGAAUUGCUUGUUAAGAUUUUACUGUUGGUCCCGACAAAAGUUGCUGUAUCCACAAGCAUCUUGUCGAAACGGUGGGAGUGUCUUUGGAUGUGGUUGCCGAAACUCAAGUACGAUUUCAGGGGUUGUCCAGAGCCUGAAGGCAAGAGGCUACUGCUUUUUCUUGACAGAAACCUGCCGUUACACAGAGCUCCUGUUAUCGAAAGCUUCCGUCUUGAGUUAUAUGGUUCAUAUCUUACACCGGAGAAUGUCAAAAUGUGGGUUGUAAUAGCUCUUUCCCACUGCCUACGUGAGCUGGAUAUAUUAUAUGAGUCUUAUCCUCCGUCUAAGCCAAUCGUAUUGCCGAGUAACUUGUUUACUUGCAAAUCGCUAUCGGUCUUGAAAUUGGAUGGGGAUAUCAUCUUGGAUGUUCCUCGAAUGGUCUCUCUUCCCUCUCUCAAAACUCUGCAACUUCAAAGUGUGACAUACUCGAAGGACGAAACUCUUCAACGGCUUCUAUAUAAUUGCCCAGUUCUUGAAGAUCUAAUGCUGCAUUUACGUGAUUAUGGUGACACUAUGCAAAAGGUUACAGUUGUUGUUCCAUCUUUGCUGAGUUUGUUACUCUGUAUACCCUAUGGUCAUGAUAUACAAGGGUUUGUGAUAGACACUCCUAAUUUAAAGUAUUUCAAACUUGUGGAUGAUAAUGAUAAGAGUCACUACUGUUUGAUUGAACAUAUGCCUAACCUGAUCGAGGCACAUUUAGAUGUUUCACUCACUCACAUCAAGAGUCUUAUUGGCUCAAUCACUUCUGUCAAGCGUCUUACAAUAUGUUCACGGUUUGAUGAAGGUUUUGUCUUCAACCGGCUUGAGCAUCUGAAGGUAUGUAUAUGCAACGACCAUUCCUCCAAUCAACUUUUCCGGCUGCUCAAAUCCUCUUCGAUCUUGCAAGAAUUAAACCUUUUCUCAAUGGAGGAUCAUGAGCCUCAAGGCAUGGAUGACUGGAAUGAACCAAGUACUGUUCCUGAAUGUUUGUUGUCGAGUCUACAAACUCUCAGCUGGUCGACAUACACAGGAGAACCACAAGAGAGAGAUAUUGUGGUUUACAUUUUGAAGCAUGCUCUUCACUUAAAGACUGCAAGAAUCAAGUCAUAUGAAUCGGCUGUUCCAAAAUUUGACAUGUUAAAGGAGUUGUCACUUUCUUCUAGAGCUUCAGCAUCAUGCAAACUCAUAUUCGAAUGCGCAUCUGAAGAUUAAAAUUGGACUUGUACUCCUGUUCUUCUACUCUUGUAUGUGUUUGUUCUCGUAUGGUUAAGUCUUCGACUCUGAAAACUUUUUAUCCAAACUAUCUUUUCUAUAUGUUAUAUAUGAUCAUCAGAUUAUGAUGUUUGGAGCUAA